AUGUUUCGUCGCGGCAAGUUUUCCUUUCUCACCAGCAAAGAUGAUCGCAUUAAAAUCAUCAAUGAACGCAUAAAUUUGACAGAACGUCACUUAAUGGAAAUGUGUUCAGCCUUUUCGAUGUUAACACGUAAAAUGGCCAAAUAUCGAGAUGCCCAUGAUGAACUGGCCAAACAUAUAAAGAACUAUGCGGACGAAGAGGAAAUCAAUGAGAGUUUGUGCAAUGGACUCAAGAGCUUUACCAAUGCGUUGACCAUAACGGGAGAUUAUAUGGAUAUAAAUGUGAAGAGGCUGGAGCUAAAGAUAGUCAACGAGCUGGCGCACUUUGAGCAGCUGUGCAAGUCUACGAGGGAUAAUCUGCGCCUUGCUGUCAUUGCAAGAGACAAGGAGGUGCUUAGCCAACGUCAAAUGCUGGAGUUGAAGUCAAAAUUUGCAGCAAACAAUACCGCAGCAGAUUCGGAGCUCUUCAAGACGAAAUUGGAGGUUCAGCGCACUAACAAGGACAUCGAUGAGAUCAUUAGUGGCUUUGAGCAGCGCAAACUGCGCGAUGUGAAGCAAGUAUUAAGCGACUUCAUACUGAUUGCCAUGAAGCAGCAUACGAAGGCGCUGGAAGUGCUCAGCGCCAGCUACUAUGACGUGUGCAACAUCGAUGAGCGAGAUGAUUUCCUGCAAUUUCAAAAGCUGAUGAAGACGAAAGAGGAACCCGCUGCCACUCGCAAGUCUACGCUGAAGAAGGGCUUGCGCUCCCAAUCUAUGGAAAGCUUAGACCAUAAUCAUCUAAGUCCGCUCAAGCGACAGCAAAAGCUAUCGAAGAGUACAAAGAAUUUGACUGGAGCCGGCAUAUCGCGUGCUAACAAGCAGGAGCAGAGCGAGGAGGAUGACAGCGAGCUAGAUGAGGAGGACGACGAAGAAGAGGAGGAAGAGGAUAGCGAACAAAGCGCUGAAGAGGAAGAUGAGGAGGAAGCCUCUGGCAGUGUUUCGGACGACGAAGGCGAACAGGGAAUGCCGCUCGAGAAUGUCUUUGGCGCCAAGGCUAGAAGCAAGGAGUCAGCAAGCUCAACAACAGCAUUGAAGCCAGUGGUGCGGCAACCAGUCAAACAUCCUUUUAAGGCCGUGGCAGCCACGCAUGUAAGAUUGCAAAAGCAAUUCCAUGUGCCACACAACUAGAAACCUAGAAUUUCGAAACUAGAACUCAUUUGCAUAGCUCGCCCUCGCUUGACGACCACACGCUACGCCUCUCAUUAUUUAUCCCAAAUAAACAAUAAUAAUCAAACGAGGGCAGCCAGAAAUGUUAUCUUCGGAUAGCCGAAGUUUAAAUACCCUUGCAGACGAGUUCAAUAUGGAAACUGUUUCAAAAACGACAUUAAUACUGGAUUUUGAUUGUAUGUUAAAAGUCAAAUAUUUUGUAAAGUAUACGAAAAGAUUUUAAAUG